AUGCAGGCGGUACGACUUGUUCUUCGACCGCUCCUACGCCAGCAAAGGCGAUGGCUCUGUACAUUGCCCUCUUCAAGUGAAGACGUCGAAGUGAAAAGCUUACUACCAUCGGAGGCAUUCCUCAAGCAAUUUGUCCGACGUCCAUCUCAGCGCGACAAGCUUACAUCGCUCAUUUCUGAACUACAAAUAUUCUUGGAAAUGUUCGGAAAGGACUCCCUGCCCGAAUUCACUGACUCCAUUUGGUCCACGUAUUUCGGGACGUGGUCAGCAGAGGAGCGAUGUGAAUUUCUCAAUCAGCUGCGACUUGAAAGGAAAAAUGCUCUUAAAACCUGCGCUAGUGACGAGAAGGAGCAGGCAAGUGAAUCACGUAAGUACCCAAGAACUUCAAAGUUUUACCAUACUAUAUCGGUGAUCAAUCAGCGAAAGGAAGAUAACGGUGAAAUGGUCUACGCCCCAGGAUUCAAUACUUUCAUAGAACUUCGAGGUCAGGAAUUCCGAGCACCAGCCAGAGCUGAUCCUCGAUUUGAGGAGGAUAUGGCACUGAAUAGUAAAGCCUUCCUCAAGCUUUUAGCAAAUGCGGCAUUAUUGAUCGUAUGUACGGAAGUCGACUGCUUUCAUUGCAAAGGUGUGAUGAAGAACUACCCAAGCUCGUUAUUGACUGUAGAUUUCUCACUGAAUUCAGUGUACCAAUGCAGUCAACGUUUGCUAAAUACAACUUCAAGCCUCAUGAUAGCCACUGGAACUCCUCGUCUCCGCCUUCCCGCCAAUCUCAGUAGCCAAUUCCGUCCUACAGCCAACCUCACAGAGAUUCUCAAGAGGCAUUUACUAUUCCAGUAUGGUCCACCUUCUAGUGAAAGUUCCUUCUCUCGCCACCCCUUUGCGCCCACUUUGACGCCGAAAGAUAUUAUGUAUAUUUCCUGGCGUGCAACUCAGUUUAUCCCCGAUGAGCCACCUCCGAAUGUUAGGGCUGUUGUUCUUUGUGCCAGCAAGGAUUAUCAACCGUGGUCGAGUAGUGUCUCCGCUGCUCAGCAAGACGGUAUUCAGGCCUACCGAUUACCCCUGGAACGAUAUGCUAGAUUUGAGGGAGCUGCCAAAUAUCUUCCGCUGAAAUCAGCAUCGUCAGUUUUGCGUUCAUACUUUCGAGGAGACGACAUUGGCGAGUCGAUUCGAACAGCUGUCGACUCACAGAACAAGAUAGCUCGCUCGACUAGUAAGGCAGAGCUCGAGUUAUUCGAACAGUACAAGUCUGUCAUUCAAGAAGCUGUCGCGAAGGCUGAGAAAGAAAGCCUAUCAACAUCAAGGACGAAGCCAAAUCGUUCACAUUCGGAACCGAAGAAACCUAAAGUACACCGAUAUACGAGAGAAGAGAGAAGAAAAAUGCGAGAACAAGAAGCGGCAUCGUCAUCUGGGGCCUUAUAA